UUACCGCGCAAUGUUAUUUUAAACAUUUUAUAUGAAUAAUUUCUAUGUUCGUAGAUAUUUUUAAUAUUAAUAUAUUAAGAAGAAAUGGCAGAAUUUAAUGAAGUAUCGUCAUCGCUUCCUGAUAUUGUUAGCCAAAAAGUGUCUGCAGUAGAAAAUAGUUUUCAGAAAACAUUAAAUUCUUUCAAGGAUCUUGUUCUAGAAUUCGAACGAAUACACAUUGAUGCAUUAUCAUACAAAUCACAAUAUUUAUCACAUAAAAAUAAAUGCGAAAGCAAAUGUUGUUCAAGUGCACAAACAAUGUCUAAGGAAAUAGAAAAUAAGGAUGGUAUAAUUCAACAAAUUGCGUCUGCUUUAACAUGCUUAUUAGAAACAAAAAAUCUGAGCAUUGUCGAAGAUAUAUUUAAACUAAUAUGCUCAGACAAUUCUAAUGCUCCUUUAAUAAGUCCGAAGAAGGAAAUAUUACAUGAGAGAUCUGUACAGGAUGAAUCGGUAUCAGAAAUAGAAGGCACACCAACAGGCCGCAAGAGUCCUAUUAUAUCAAGUAGAAAAAUGAAGAGUAACACAAGUAAUGGAUUGAGUUUAAGUAAAAAGAAAUGCCCAGACACUUGGGAAACACCUGAGAAAAAGAAUAUGAAACUACUAUUUCCCAGUCCAAGUAGAACCAAGCCAGGCAGCAGGAUGAAACAAUCGCGCCUUAAUUUAGUUAAAGUGAAAUCGUCAUGCGUUGUUGACCUGACUUGCUCUCCGGAAACAUUGGCUAAAGCUAUGAGCUGCUCUAAUGUUGAAAUUAAGCCCAAUAUCAAAAAGGAAUUAAUAGACAAUGAUGAAACUAUACUUCCGUCACCUACAAGUGGCUUGCCAGUUUCACAAAUAUUUCCACCAAAGUCACUAGCGAGGAGCAGUCCCAGUAAGUUCAAAAAGCCAUUGACUCCUUUAAAGUUUAAAAUAGAAGAAGAAACAAUGCUGGAGGAUAAUUGUGAUGAUGAGAAAUCUUCUCCCACAUAUACACAGUGCGUAGAUGGGAAUAAGCACACUAGGCCAAGUUUAAAACUAAUCUCAACGAUGUGUAAGCAAGACGAGAAUAUGGAGUGUGACGCAGAUGACAGUAUAUCGCUUUUACAACAAAACAGAAAGAUUCCUGUUAGCCCCAAAAAGGAACCAUUAGCAGAGAACAAUAAUUUAGUGAAUACAAGCCACGAUGAUAUCGAGUCGAGCAUGUCGAUACUGCGUAGUAAUCUGCAAGUCAAUAAAGUAUCACCAACUGGGGAUAGACAAGUCAAAAGACCACAUGCAGACGGUCCCGUGUACAAGGAACCAACUGUGAGGAAAAAAAGUGAAAAACGUGCCCUCCGCGGUUGGAGUUGUGAUGAAUGUAGAAAUUUCUACGGUGAGCUCUACAAAGACAACCCGCUAAUGUUAGAACAGAAAAUGGAUGAAUGUUCCAAACACCGGGGCAAAAACAACCCCGUUCGUCCGAAAACACCGCCGGGCUUCUGGGAUCCGCGCUGGGAAGUACCCACAGAUACUGAAGAGUUUAAUAGACGGAAUAAUGCUAUAUGAAUCAUUGUUAUUAAUUGCAAUGUUCAAAUUUUGAAUGUUACUUCGAAAUUUGAAAUUUACAUUGUCUAUUCUUAGAACAGCGUUAAACCUGAUUUUAUAGUAACACUUUUAACUAUGUGUUCGGCAGAGGUUUACCUUUUAGAAGGAAGGCACAAUAAGGGUUUAGAGGUAUUAUAGUUGAAGCCUUUCAA